AUGGAAGAAUCUGGAAUACCUUCUGCUACUGGUGAUGAUGAAUGUGAGAAGAGGAAAAAACGUGGACCAGUUGGAAAGCUUUUCUUUAAGGUAGGUGAACGUAUGGGAAUUGUUGAGCAGACACGUUUAGCACCUGAAUUUGUUACUGAAAUUGAAAAAUAUUACAAAUAUCAAGAAGAUGUUGAUAAGUUAGUUGAUCGAUUAGAAAUUGUCCUGCAAAAUGAUGAGACAGUUUUACGGAGUGGAAAUAUUGAAUGUAGCGAGAAAACGGAUCCGUAUGAGAUAUUUGCACAAAAUAUUAAUGCUUUCCGAUCAUUUCAACCGGAAAAUGCUCAGGUUUCAUUAACUGAAGCUGAAGCAGUUGUUAAACGUUUAGCAAUAAUGAAUCGAGAAAUGCAAUCUAAAGGUCGUCGAUCAAUUUGUAAAAUGCGACAAUUUGUGACACACGAAAAAUUAGCAAUGAUUGAAGCACAAAAAAAAUUAAUGCAAGCACGCGAUACGAUGGAUGCAGCUCGACAUGAUCUUAAACAUGCAUGA